AUGCAAAUUGUUGAAAUGAUGAUUCUUCCAUUAACAAUUUCAUCAGUAAUUUCUGCAUUAGCACAGACACGCCCUUCAGUGGCUGGCAGAAUGGGGUUAUUAACUGUUGCCUAUUAUAUGACAACAACAUUUCUUUCAACUUUUACAGGAAUUUUGCUUGUUUCUUGCAUUCAUCCCGGUGAUCCUCAACUUAUACACGAAUUGGGAGAGGGGACGUUAGAUGACACAGCUUUAUCGCCACUUGAUACAUUUUUGGAUCAAAUUAGAAAUAUGUUCCCAGAAAAUAUUGUUCAAGCAACAUUUCAACAAGUCCAAACAAAUUAUGUUCCAGUCAAACCCCCAAGAGUUCCCCCUUCCAAACCUUUAUUUAAUUCAACAAAUACAACAACAGCAAAAAUACCUCUAAAACCUAUUUUGGAAUAUACAAACGAAGUGAAUGUUCUUGGCCUAUUAGUUUUUUGUACUGGAUUUGGUGUUAUUUUGUCAGUUUUGGGUGAUCAGGCGAGGCUAAUGAUUAAUUUCUUUAUUGUUUUGGAUGCUGUUAUUAUGCGUUGGAUUAGCGCUUUAAUGUGGUGUUAUCCAAUAGGUAUUCUCUCACUUGUUUGCAAAAAUAUUGUUGAUAUAGAUGACCUUACUGCUACAGCUCAGGUAACUGUAAUUUGUGGUUUAAUGAUACAUUCAUUAUUAACACUUCCAUUACUUUAUUAUAUAAUUACGAGACAUUCACCUUUUGAUUUUAUGACUGGAAUGGAUGGAACAGCAUUAUAUGAAGCUGUUGCAGUUAUAUUUAUUGCACAACUACAUAAUGUCAAGCUUACUGCUUUAGAGAUUUUAACUAUAAGUAUAACAACUACAGUAGCUUCUAUAGGUUCAGGCUCUGUUCCAGCUGGUGAAAAGUUUAAAAUAAUUUAUUUAAUUUUUGUUUAUUUUGAAGGUUUGGAUGUUUUAACACUUGUUUUGACAACUGUUGGACUACCCCAUAAAGAUUUAAGUUUAUUACUUACAGUGAGUGAUGGUUUUGGUUGUGGAAUUAUUUCACAUUUAACAAAAGAACGUUUAUUGGAAAGCGAUACUAAUGAAUUAAUUAAAUACAAUAAUACAAUAAGGGAUGAAGAAAAUAGUAAUAAUCCUCCUUUAACGCCUAUUGAAAUUGGAAGAAAAACACGUUUACAAAAGCAAAACCAGUUAACACCAAUUGCUUUACGUCCUUUACCUGCACAACAAAAUGCCACAACAAGCCAGUUAGUUUAUUUAUCUUUUUGA